CAUUUAUAUCCUUGAGAUAUCUAUAUUACCGAAUGGCGCUUUCGCUGCUAUCGCAACAUCAGCAGCAGCCAAAUUAUUUCGAUUUGCAAACAUUAUUUGAUCCAUAUCCAUUACAACAACAACAACAACAACAACACUCACAAUACCCACACAGCCAUCAUCAGCAUCAGAACGUGCAACUUCAGCAGCAGCCGCCGUAUCUUCACCAGCUGCAUACCCAUCAACAACAACAACAACAUUUGCCGACGCCAAAAAGUCCCGGAGACAGCAACGUUACAACGCCAAAAAGCAAUCCGGCGACAGAAACGAUACAUUUUUGUCCUAAUCAAAUGGAAUACGUAAGCAGCAAUCUUCAUCAGAAUCAUAAUCAUUAUCAGCAACAGACACAGCAGAAUACGAAUAGUAACGAAAAUAUUAACAACAACAACAACAACAGCAACAACAAUAACACCAUUAUUAGCAAUAGUAACAGCAGAAAGAGCAACAACAUUCCAAACAAUUCUAAUAAUAAUAACAGUCAAAUAUUGAACAAAACAAAUCGCUAUUAUAUAAACGGCUAUUCACAACAACAAGUGGCACAAGAUUAUGUUAUCACUUUUGUAGACUCUCCACCCAACUCAGAGGAAUCUUGGCCAGACGAACAAUCAAAAGGAUCACCGGGACCUCAGAUUAUCGACGUGCAAACAAUUUAUUCAAAUAACGGUUCGCGAAAGAGACGAAUGGAUUGGGACUCUUUGGAUAUUGGACAAAGUGGAUCAUCGACCGCAGCACAAUCAGGGGAAUUAGCGAGUAAAAUUCCACACCACGAGAAAGAAAAACAAAAAAAGGAGAAAACGACAGGUCGUGGCAGUUGGACUGAAGAUAUUGGAUUUGAUUUGAAUACAGACUUCAAUAGCAACUCUUAUCUCAGCAAUGAAUCCUUUUUGUCAUUUUCUCCGGCCCUGACAGUGCUAAAACAGGAACCACAAACCGAUCAGUUGAAGGGGAAUAAAAUUUCAAUAAAUUCUCAUUCGACUCUAAGUGGCAGCGCUGGUAGUGUAUCUAAACUAGAUAAGACACAAUCCCAAAUUGACUCGUCGGCAACAACCGAAGACUCUCCAAAAAAUGCCUUAAAUUUUUCUAUCUGCGGAUGCGGUUCGCCAAAAACUGGUGCUUCAAUAGAAGUUGAACAUAACGGAAAUACUAUUGACAAGCCCACCGCCAGUGGAACUAAUGCUUUCGGUAAUACCGGUUCGGGUUACGGUGUCGGUGAAAAGAAUAUUGCACAAGGAAAUUCACCACCUCAACAAUUGAUUGCGGUCGAGGGUGGCAAAACUGAAAACAGUACUGGAGGUUGCGCCGCUAAUGGCAACAACACCAAUGCGCACUCUGAUGACCACAAGUUUCAGUAUAUUUUGGCAGCUGCUACAUCUAUUGCUACGAAGAAUAAUGAGGAAACACUCACAUAUCUAAAUCAAGGACAGAGCUAUGAAAUCAAAUUAAAGAAGAUUGGCGAUUUAUCAUUUUACCGUGAUAAGAUACUGAAGAGUGUCAUCAAGAUCUGCUUCCACGAGCGGCGCUUGCAGUUUAUGGAACGCGAACAAAUGCAACAAUGGCAAGCUUCGCGCCCUGGCGAACGGAUUAUUGAAGUCGAUGUUCCUCUUUCGUAUGGACUUUGUCAUGUAUCACAGCCAUUGAAUCCAAAUUUUUUGAAUACAGUCGAAAUAUUUUGGGACCCUUUAAAGGAAGUCGGAGUGUACAUUAAAGUUAAUUGCAUUUCAACUGAAUUUACACCCAAAAAACAUGGUGGCGAAAAAGGUGUACCAUUUAGACUACAAAUUGAAACUUAUAUAGAGUCAACUAACACGACGGUAGCAGCUCCAAUGACACCAACGACACCAAUAUCAACAGGUGCUGUUUCAGCAACACCAGCUGCAUCAGCAAGUGUAGUAACUGCACCCUCGCAAAUUGGUCUCACAAUGCCAACGGGCGCAUCCGGCAAUUUGACGCCAAACCACAACGUAAAUAGUAACCAGCCAAUCGGAAGUGGCAAGCAACCAGUGCACGCCGCGGCAUGUCAAAUCAAGGUAUUUAAACUAAAGGGUGCAGAUCGCAAGCAUAAACAAGAUCGGGAGAAAAUUCAAAGGCGCCCGCAAUCGGAGCAAGAAAAAUUCCAGCCAAGUUAUGAAUGCACAAUCAUGAAUGACAUUCCUUUUGAUGUUAUCACAUCCACUAUGCCAGGUUGCUUCAGCCCAGAAUAUAUGAAGAUUUGGCCUAAUUCGCCGGUCCACAUUCCAAAGUAUGAUGGGAUAUUGCCAUACACUGGAGGAUCUCCUGUUGCCAACUCCAGCCCCAUAGCAAUAAAUAGUGUUACAUCAACAAAUUCGCCAACGUUGAAACUAAUGGAUGCUAACAUGGUGUCGCCAAAACAAACUGUCGCAUCUGACAUGGAGGACUAUAAUACCAACAUUUCGCCGGAGUCCACCCCGUCCCAAGUUGCACAGUGGCUGAACAAUCAUCGUUUGACGUCUUACCUGUCGACAUUUGCACACUUUUCCGGUUCGGAUGUUUUGAGGAUGUCUAAAGAUGAUUUCAUUCAAAUAUGCGGCCUUGCAGAUGGAAUUCGCAUGUUCAAUAUAUUACGAGCUAAGGCCAUAGCUCCUCGCCUUACGCUGUAUGUAAGUAUGGAUGGUAGUAGCUAUAAUGCGAUAUACUUGGUAUCGAAUACGUCGAAGGAGCUAAUGCAGAAGCUUUGCAAAAUGCCUGGAUUCUACGAGAUGAUCGCCAACGGCAACUCAAAUGGAGCAGUAGAGAACGUUUCGAUUUACAGUAGCUGGAGCAUGCAUUCAAAAUAUUCUGGGAGCGGUUCAAAUAUUUUUAAUGACAGCAGUAAAAAUUUUAUUUACUUGGCUGGUCCAUCCGGUGUGCAUGUUAAUGUAACUGAUGAAGUAUUGAAUAAUGAAAUUAAGGACGGAAGUCUUUAUGCUCUCGAAGUACAAAAUGGUAAAGUUGUUAUGAAAUUGAUAAACAAAAAUGAAUGAUAAUUGAAAAUGACAAAUUUAUAUCCAAAAUAUGGAUGUAUUUACAUACAUAUGAACGUAUGAACGUGUAUAUUGCUAUGUAUGUACAUAGCAAGCACUUCAAAUAAGUAAAUAAAUACAUAUAUCGUAUACACAUUUAUAAAUUACACACUUACAAAUAAAUAAAUAAUUUUAUGGAAUUUCGUAGUCAUCAUAUGAACAUAUACUUAUGUACAUAAAAAUGAAUUGUAUUAACGUAUUAGGUAUAAUCUUUCUUGCUUCAAUGGAGUACACGGUAUAGUCGAAAUUUAUCAACUUAUUUGUGACAUUUCCAAAAGUUGAGCGAUUUACAGGUAAGGCGAAUUCAUAAAGAUGAGGGCAGGAGAGCAAAUGCAACAAUUACCGUGUAUUUAGUUUUUGCAUUAGCGGUGGGAAUGUCAAAAUCGUGGAAAAUUAUUUGGCUUUCAAAAACACAAAGUUUCUGUUCGGCACUUAUUUCCCCCAAAUCACUCUCACAAAAUAACAAUUUUCAAAUUUUUCACGUUUACAAAAAGAAAAUAAAAAUAAAUUAAAAAAAACAUAAACAAAUUUUGACAAUCACCACGUUCAAUGAAUGAAAGAACUUGAAUUCGCUGCCGUAAUAACUUCAUCAUAUUGAAUUCAGUUUGCGUCUACGUAGCUCAAAUGAAGAUGGCUUACGUCCUUGGCAUUGUUUUUGAAUGAGUGGAAAGAAAAAUACUAAAUUACAUUGAGUUAUCCUAGUGGUAUCUUAUAUACCUUUUUAAUUUGUUGUUUUUGGAAAGUACGGUAACCUUGUUUCGCCAAAAACUAUGAAAUUGAUUAUUGAUUGAAAUUGGGACUAAAUUUUUUCCUAUUUUUUUAAAUCUAAUCAAACGCAUUUUUUUUUUUUGUUAAAUUGAAAAAAAAAACGUAUUUAGCAUUUUCAAAUAUUGCAGCUCUUAUAGUACUGUCAUACGUUAAUACACAUGUAUGAAUAUUUUUACAUACAUAUACAUAUAAAUUUAAGGUUAUAUUUUGAUGUUACAAAGAAAUUAACGAAUUUCUGAUUUUCAAAAAACAUAAUUGACAUUCAUAGCGUGUAUGCCAAAUUUACGGAUAUAAUUGCUGUACAUCUUGAAUCAUAAACAAGUACAAAAGUAAUUUUUUCAAAUUUUAAAAAUUUAAACUACAAAAAUUGUAAACUUCCACGUAUAUUUCAACGUUAAUGCUGUUUCUUUCCGAUGCACACAUCAGUAAGAAUAUUAAACAUAUUCAUACACACAUAAAGAAUUGCCCACAUACAUAAGUGCAUACAUAUAUACAUUUAUGUGUACUUGUUUUAUUUUAGUUUAAUUUUCCUUUUUUGUAUCUUUUGCAUGUAUUAUUUAUAAGUAAAUUUAAAUUUAAAACUAAUUCAGGCCAUACAACAACAACAUCACUUUUAUUGAGAGACCAUUACUAACAACCAAAUACAUGGAAAUUUGUAUGAAAUAAUCAUUAAAUGAAAUAAACAUACUUUACGUAAAUUACAAACUA